CUUCCUUUCACCUACUCCUAUCUCCCCAUCUGUGUCUCCGCACCUGGGUUCGCCUGCCCAACAUUCCCACUUAACAACAUUUACCCUAAGAAACCACAUUUAAAUUCCCUAGCUCCAGAUUUUAAUUUGGAUCUGGACCAAAUUGCACACACCCAUAAAUAUCAGGCCCUUAAACAGGCCAUUUUUGUGUCCAUCCAAAUCCAUGAAUGAUUUUGAUGGGGAGAUUUGGUGAAGGUAAUACAAAGUAAACUUUUUAGAAUAGCUCUAACAUCCAGGGUAAUGAGAGGGUUUGAAAAGUCAAAAGUCAACAAAAAACAAGCAUUCGUCAUUGAAACAUUCAUCCUCAGGGCACUCACCUGCCCUGAGGAUAUCACAGUUACUCACAGGAUGUGACAGAAAGAGUUUUUCGAAGACAGUUAAUAUGCAGAUGAUCAGCCAAACACUCACUGCAGCAGAGAGGACACAACCGGCAGCUCGUGGAAUUGGUGUUUUGGCCAGGCAACGACGGUGAUAUAAGGAUUUACUGGUGAGAUCUGCAUCGAUGAGCUCAAUCAAAGUUGCCAAGUAAGCACACACUUGCCUGACUCAGGAAGGUAAACAUGAAGGAAGCGUUCAAACUUACACCGAUACCAGGUGUCGAUAAAGGAGCCGAUCAAAAUGGACAUGAGACGAAAAAAGAAAAAGCACUGAGCGUUGGAUUUUUUCAGCUGUUCCGGUUUGCCACCAGGAAAGAAAUCGCUAUGAUGGUGGUGGGGAGUUUGUGUGCCUUCGUACAUGGCUCGGCGCCAUCUCUCAUGAUUUUAGUGUACGGUGAGAUGACUGACUCGUUUGUGAAUUAUGAACUUGAGAUCCAAGAACUCAAAGAUCCAAACAAGAUGUGCGACAACAACACCAUUUAUUGGAUCAAUGGCUCAGUUUAUGAAAAUGCUGAAAACACCGCUGUCUCCUGCGGGGCGGAUAUUGAAGCAGAGAUUACCAUAUUUUCAUUUUACUAUGUUGCACUUGGAUUAGUAGCCCUGAUUAGUACUUAUUUACAAGUUGCGUUGUGGGUGUCAGCCGCCGCGAGUCAGACUGACAGAAUCCGAAAGAUUUAUUUCCGAAAAGUCAUGCAAAUGGAGAUUGGAUGGUUCGACUGCAUCUCUGUUGGCGAACAGAACACUAGGAUCACUGAUGACAUGAACAAGAUCAACGAUUCCAUCGCUGACCAGGUGUCGAUCUUCAUUCAGAGGCUCUCCAUGUUUGUGUGUGGCUUCAUGGUUGGAUUCAUCAACGGCUGGAAGAUGACUUUGGUGGUCAUAGCUGUGAGCCCAUUGAUUGGUCUCGGUGCCGGACUCAUGGUUAUGGCUGUGUCCCAGCUGACUGGAAAAGGGAUGAAGGCCUACGCAAAGGCAGGGGCAGUGGCUGACGAGGCCCUGUCCUCCAUUAGAACAGUAGCAGCAUUUGGUGGGGAAGACAAAGAAGAAGAGAGGUACGACAGAAACCUUGUGGAAGCUCUGAGCUUGGGUGUGACAAAGGGCCUGGUCAUGGGACUGUUCCAGGGAUACAUGUGGGCAAUCAUUUUCUUAUCUUACGCUCUGGCCUUUUGGUAUGGAUCCCAAUUGGUCAUCGAGACCAAGGAGAUGACCCCUGGUGGCCUUUUUCAGGUAUUUUUCGGAGUGCUUCUUGGAGCUAUAAACCUGGGUCAGGCAUCAUCUUGCCUGCAGGCCUUUGCUACUGGUCGAGCAGCAGCAAAGAACAUCUUCGACACAAUUGAGCGGGAACCAAAAAUUGAUUGUUUCUCAGAUGAGGGUCACAUAUUAGACAAAGUGAAAGGUGACAUUGAGUUCCACAAUGUUACUUUCUUCUACCCGUCCCGGCCCGAAGUCAAGAUUUUAAAUAAUCUGAGCAUACAGGUCAAAGAAGGAGAAACCACAGCUUUUGUUGGGCCGAGUGGAUCUGGAAAGAGCACGGCAAUCCAACUCAUCCAGAGGUUGUAUGACCCAGAUGAAGGAAUGGUGACGUUGGACGGCCACGACAUCCGCACUUUAAACAUCAAGUGGCUCCGCUCCAUGAUUGGUAUUGUAGAGCAGGAGCCGGUGCUGUUUGCUACAACCAUAGCUGAAAAUAUCCGCUUUGGUAAACCAGGAGUCACCAUGGAAGACAUUAUCCAGGCAACAAAAGAGGCCAAUGCCUAUAAUUUUAUAAUGGCGCUGCCCCAGAGAUUCAGCACUUUUGUGGGUGAUGGUGGAGGCCAGAUGAGUGGAGGCCAGAAACAGAGGAUUGCUUUAGCUCGAGCUCUGAUCCGAAACCCUAAGAUCCUUCUGCUGGACAUGGCCACGUCCGCUUUAGACAAUGAGAGUGAAGCUGUUGUCCAGGAAGCACUGGAUAAGGUGCGCAUGGGCAGAACAACAAUUUCUGUAGCCCACCGUCUUUCCACGAUUAAAACUGUAGAAGUCAUCGUUGGCUUUGAGCAUGGGCGGGCGGUGGAGAAAGGAACGCACAGUGAGCUGCUGGAAAAGAAAGGUGUUUACUUCACCCUGGUCACCCUGCAGAACCAAGGCACACCCAGCCAAACUAAAGGUGAAGUCAGUCCUGCUCAGAGAGAGGAAGUUGAUGUGAAAAUGAGGAGUGGCAGCUGCAGCUCCAAUAAAAGGAGUUCUGUUCGUCUACGGUCUCACAGCACACUGUCAAGGCAUGAUGUCCCUGAUGCUUUAUCAGGCAGCCUCAGGAUAUUUCCCAGCAUGGAGAUUGAAAAAGAAUAUAGAGAUGAGAAUGAGGAUGAUGAAGAUGAAAAAGUGGAGCCUGCCCCAUUUGCACGUGUCCUUAAGUACAACCAACCAGAGUGGCCCUACCUGCUGCUGGGCGCGCUGGCAGCUGUUGUCAGUGGCGCCAUCGACCCCUUCUACUCUAUCUUGUUAAGCGAAAUUAUUGGUACUUUUUCCAUUCCCGACCAGAAUAAACAGAGGCAACAAAUCAACGGGAUAUGUGUUCUGUUUUGCAUCUUGGCUGUGACUUGUUUCUUUUCACACCUUAUAGAGAAAUAUGCUCUUUCCAAGUCCGGAGAGCUGUUGACCUGUCGUCUGAGGAAAGUGGGCUUCCAGACCAUGUUGCGUCAAGAGAUCGGGUGGUUUGAUGACCCUAGAAAUAGCCCAGGAACUCUGACAACCAGACUAGCCACUGAUGCAUCCAGGGUCCAGGGGGCAGCAGGUUCUCAGAUUGGCAUUGUCGUUUCUUCAUUGACCAGCAUUGGAGCAUCUCUGAUCAUUGCUUUUUACUUCAGUUGGAAGUUAGCUCUGGUAAUCACGUGCUUCCUGCCUUUUAUUGCGCUGUCUGGAGCAUUCCAAACCAAACUUCUGACGGGUUUUGCAAAUCGAGAUAUAAAGUCCAUGGAAGCAGCAGGGCAGGUGUCCAGUGAAGCUCUUUACAACAUCAGGACCAUUGCAGGCUUGGCCAAAGAGAGCUCGUUUGUGGAAUCAUAUGAGAAGAAAUUGGAGCCUUCAUUUAAAUCUGCCAUAAAGAGUGGCCACAUCUAUGGCCUCUGUUAUGGCUUUGCUGAAUGCGUCAUCUUCCUGUCGAAUGCUGCUUCCUUUAGAUAUGGAGGCUAUCUGGUUGUCGCUGAGGGUUUAUCCUACGACAUAAUUUUCAGUGUGAUUUCAGCUAUAAUGAUCAGUGCGACAUCAUUUGGCAGAGGAGCCACCUUAGCUCCAGAUUAUACCAAAGCCAAAAUCGCUGCUGCUCAGUUUUUCAAAAUGUUGGACAGAGUUCCAAAAAUCAGCUUAAGUCCCAAGAACGGAGAGAAAUGGGACAACUUCAGAGGGGAAAUUGACUUCCUCGACUGCAAGUUCACGUAUCCAACACGGCCAGAUAUCCAGGUUUUGAAAGGGCUGGUUGUGUCGGUGAAGCCUGGUCAGACUUUGGCGUUUGUCGGGUGCAGUGGCUGCGGUAAAAGCACCAGUAUUCAACUAUUGGAGAGGUUUUAUGACCCAGAUGAGGGACAAGUGAGGAUUGAUGGUCGCCUGUCUCAUAAAGUCAAUGUCCCGUUCAUAAGAGCUCAGAUUGGCCUAGUGUCCCAGGAGCCAGUGCUGUUUGACUGCAGUAUAGCAGAGAAUAUACAGUAUGGAGAUAACACGCGCAUCGUCAGCAUGGAGGAGAUUGUAGAAGCUGCUAAGAAAGCCUUCCUUCAUGACUUUGUAAUGACAUUACCAAAUAAAUACGAAACUCAGGUUGGUGCUCAGGGCUCCCAACUGGCAAGAGGAGAAAAACAGCGCAUUGCCAUCGCCCGGGCCAUCGUCAGGAAGCCCAAGAUCCUGCUCUUAGAUGAGGCGACCUCUGCACUGGACACAGAGAGCGAAAAGAUCGUCCAGUCUGCUCUGGAUGAGGCAAGAAAAGGACGAACCUGCAUCGUCAUCGCUCACAAGCUCUCUACCAUCCAGUCUGCUGACGCCAUCGCAGUGAUGUCACAAGGAGUCAUCAUAGAGCUCGGCACACAUGAUGAACUCAUGGCCAUGAGGGGCGCCUAUCAUAAACUGGUCACAACAGGCGCUCCUAUCAGCUAGGCACCUGAAGCCACUUAUGAUGAGCAUUGCAUUUUUAAAUAUAUAUAUUUGUACAGGCCUUAGAGUACUUUUAAUUACUGGCUUGUCAUGUUGUGGUGUCACACUGAAAAAGUCUUCGGUGCACUGAAAUUGUGUGUGUUACAAUACAAGUAAAGAUAUGGAAGCAUUUAAAGAAAAUAUAUAAAAAGAAAAUAUGAAAUAUUUACACAAUAUGUGCGUUCUGUACAUUGAGUAUUUAGUGCAAGCUUGGAUAUGUGUGAGUGUUACUGGUAUUGUAAUGAGUCCAGUCUGCUGACUCAGAGUGUCUGACACUCAAAGGGAGGAGUUGCAUGGCUGGAAGAGCCACAGACAGGAAUGACUUCCUGUGGUGCCCUGUGGUGCAUUUUGGUGGUGUCAGACUCCUGUGAGACAUUGUCCGGGACGGCAUGUAACUAAGACAACAUCCUCACGUCUGACAGCGCCGCCAGAGAGUCCAGCUCCACCCCCACUGCGUCACUGGCCUUGCGUACCAGUUUGUUGAGUCUGUUGGCGUCCGCAACCCUCACUCUGCUGGCCCAGCACACAAUAGCAAACAGGAGAGCACUGGCCACCACAGUCUUAUAAAACAUCCCCAGCAUAGUCCGGCAGAUGUUGAAGGACCUCAGGCACCUCAGGAAAUAGAGGCGGCUCUGGCCCUUCUUGUCAAGGCAAUCAGUGUUCUUAGCCCAGUCCAGCUUACGGUCUGUGAACACUCCCAGGUAUUCAUACUCCUCCACAAUGUCCACGCUGACCCCCUGGAUGGAAACAGGAGUCACCAGUGUCCUGACCCUCCUUAGAUCCACAACUAGCUCCUUUGUCUUUAUCCACCUGCAUAGCUGUGAGUUUCUCGCCCAGUAGAGCUGGCCUGAUGGUGUAGAUAGAAGACAGUCAGCUACUGAGCCAGAGGAGGUGUAAGGAGGAGGAGGAGGGGGAGCUUCCUCCUGUAGCUGUCCUUUACCUCCUUGACCUUGAUUUCCAGGUCCCUCUGAAUAGUCCUCAGGUUCUCCCUGUUGUCACCUCUGAUAACCCUCUUUCUCCUCGUUAAGGAUGGCUUAUAGAGAAGUGUCACAUACAGAGCUGGGCAAUAAAACAGUAUCAAUAACUGUCACAAUAUAAUUGUCCAAUGUAUAUAAAUGUAUUGCUUAUGCAUUGUACAAGCACAGUGAGGCAGUAUAACACAUAAUUGAUCUAUCGCAUGUGUGUUUAUCAAGUGUUUGUCACUGUCUGUCCAUAAAGAGUU